AUGUCGGAGACCCCCCGGCCGUCUCUGAAGCUCACCUUCAACAAGAACAAGGCGAAAGCAUCUGCGCCCUCGACCCCAUCCCAACCUGCCCCUCCGACGCCAAAGCCGACGGAGACUCCCCAACGCAAGAUCACGCUCAAGAUCCCACGGAAACCAUCCGUUGCCGAAGGAGCAGGAGAAGAUGAAAAGCCGAAGAAGAAAAAGCCGUCCAAGAAGCGCCCAGCAGAGGGGCCCGCGGUACCAGAACCGUCCUCCGCCGCCGCCGCCGCCGUCGCGACCGCAUCCGCUGCAGCAGGCCCCAAACGCCUCAAGCUGAUUAACCCGGCCAAGAAACCCGGCGUGCAGUCUAUCCGGAUCAAGAACAAGGGGCUGGUCCCCAAUCGCCCGACCGGUGUUGGCUACGAUUCGGAAGCCUCCGACACGGAGAUCGAUCCCGCGAUCGAAGAGCAGUUUAUCCUACGCAUGCUGCCCGGGGACGACUGUGAAUAUCUCCGCCGUGCCAUCGCCGAGCGCCGCUUCGACCGAUCGGAGUUCUCCUUCAAGCCGCUGACGCGCGAAGGCCGCCGUGCCAUCUUCAAGGUCCGCGACCGCCAGUACGCCGCCGCGCUGGUGGACUUGCCGUGCAUCAUCGAGGGUAUGAAGAGUUGGGAUCGGCGCGGAUGGUACAAGUCUGCGGACAUCUGCCAGAUGCUGCUGAUCCUGGGUCCUGUGGCCAAUGAACAGGAGGCUCUGGAUUAUCCAAUACCGGACGAGGUUUCCCUGACGGAUGACAAGAAUCUGCAGUAUCCGCAUGGUCUGGCGCCGCCUCUACGGUGGGUUAGAAGGCGUCGGUUCCGUGAGCGGGUCAGCACCCGGACGAUCGAACAGGUCGAGAAAGCGGUGGAGGAGAUGGUCGCGCAGGACGAAGCCUCGAUAGCCCCGCCUCGCUACGAGUUGGUGGACGCAGCCUCGUUGAAUCGGAACGAGGGUAUAGUGCAAAGUGGGGAGUAUGAAGACUACGGUGACGAGUAUUACGACGAAGAACAGGAUGCAGAGGGCGAGAUUGAUGAAGGUAUGGACGCUGGGGCUCUCGGUCCGCACUCAGACGCUGGAGUUUACCAGGCCGGCACGCCUAUGGCGACCAAACCCUCCACACCAGCAGCCGACACAUCGGGCGACGAGAGUGACGGAUCGGAUGGUGAGGAUAAUGAUGAGCCGGGCGACGAAAUGGAUGAAGAGCAGCUGGAGCAACAACGCCAGCUACAGCAGCAGCGCGAGGAAAUUGAUGAGCUGGAGGCUUUGAUCCGUGCCGAGACAGUCAAGUGGGAGAAUAUGCCGAACGCCAUUCUUAAGAACAAGCUGGCCAAGCGCAUCAACGACCUGAAGCAGGAUCUGGCAUUAAAGAAGGUAUCCAUCGGAGAAGGAGACGAUGCUGAUGAUUGA